AUGGAGAAGCGUGAGCAAGAAAUCAAAUUAAAAAAGGAAGAAACUCUGAAUGUAGAAAGUCAAGCUGAAGAUCAAAGCCUAGACUUCUUUUCCCAACUUAAACUCAGAUGUGAGCAAAGAAGGGAGAAUGGAGAUGAUUCUAGCUCUUGAUUCUCAGCAACCUCUUCAGAUAGUGAUUCGAAUCCCUUCGCUCAGCAUCAAAUAUUUGAAAGCCCUCUACCGGUCUACAGAAAGGAAUAUGGAGGAAUUGUAAUUUAUGAUGUUGAUGCGAUUAUGGAAGAUGAUGAUUUCAAACCAGAAAAAGGAUUAGUAACCCAAGAGAAGUCUAGUGAAAAGAUAAGCCUGACCUCUUCUACUCGAAACAAAGGAAGUUCUGAAGGUUCACUCUCGAUUCUUCAAACAGCCACAAUUAACAAUGAUUCUAAAGAAGGUGUAAGAUAUGGGCCGAAUGAAUGCCCACCAGAUAUGAAGCGGCUUAAGAAGCAGCCUAUGAUAAAGCACCUUAUUGGUAAAGAAGACCGUAAAAUUCUUCAAAACUGCAUUGUGGAAUUUCCUAAAUAAGAGAUCAUACAGAAAUGAAGGUAGAAGAAAUUACAAGUUAGUCCUUUCUCAGAAGGAAGAACUUAUGCUGAAGUUUGAGUCCAGGUUUGAAAAUGGCAAUCUCUGGAAAGCCAUAAAGCUUAGUGAAUCUGAGUAUAACCUUGUCCUGAUGAAUGACUUUAAUACGAAUGGCCAUACACAGUGGUACUACUUCAAGGUUACAUCUAAAUUGGAAGCAGGAACUAAAAUUAAAUUUAAUAUUGUUAACCUAUCAAAGCCUGACAGCUUGUACAACGAAGGAAUGAAGCCAUGCGUUAAGUCCCAAGGCCAUUACGAAAAAACUGGUCAAGGAUGGCAUAGAGAUGGGACAGAUAUUUCAUACAAAAUGAAUAAUUUCUUAAGAAAUCGGGAGAGGAGACCUGAUCCAAUAAGCUACCCUAAUAUUCCAACAUGGACUUAUUAUUACUUCACAUUUAGUUUUACCUAUGAAUUUAAGUAUGAUGAUGACAUUGUAUGGUUUGCUCAUGCUGUUCCUUAUACUUAUUCAGGUGAUCUCUUGCCAUUGCUGAAUAAGUUGGCUUACAAUCUUCCAUUAAAGACUCCCACUGACUUCGAAAAGAAAUAUUCUUUUUCAAAUAGAAUUUAUUCAAGAAAUCAAUCUAAAUCUGAAGAAAAUAAAACAGAUUAUACGAAAUUUUUACGAAUCGGGACUCUGUGCAAGACUCUGGCUGGAAACUACCUCAAGUUUAUGAUAAUUACAGAUGAGAUAGAGACUUAUAGAGACUGAAAUGAUGAUGUUGAAUGGAUCCUUAAAAAUCAGUCUAUCCGAGCACAAGUCAAAGCUAAGGUAGACAAAGAUCCCAAAAUGUUCGGUAAAUAAGGGAUCUCCAGGCAGAUGGGAAUAUGAAAACCGAUUGAAGAAGGCACUUUUCAAUUUAUCACCCUCAAGGAAAAAUAGUAAAAGAUUGCUAAAGUUCGAGAAAAUGCUUAAGAAAAUUGCCACAUCCCAUUCUCAUAAGAAAGGGAUCUUCAUUUCUGCAAGAGUUCAUCCCGGAGAACCCCAAUCCUCAUGGAUAUGACAAGGACUAAUCACAUUCUUAGUGAGUAACGAUCUUGUUGCUCAGAAACUGAGAAAGAACUACAUUUUUAAGAUUAUUCCAAUGCUUAAUCCAGAUGGAGUAAUUUACGGGAACUACAGAUGAUCUCUUCUUGGAUAUGACCUGAACCGAAGAUGGGAUGACCCGAGUAAAUACUUUGACCCCACCAUCUACUACACUAAGCUACUGCUAAAGGUCUUUCUUGAGGAAAGAGAGGUGAAAUUAUUCUGUGACCUCCACGGUCACUCUCGUAAAUAAGAAUAUGUUCACUUAUGGCUGAGAUUAUUACAACACUUUUCAAGAAAGCAAAUAUAAUAACUUUCAUUUGAGGAUAUUUCCUUCUUUGCUAAGUUCUCUCAACAACAACUUCAGCUUUAAAGAUUGCACCUUUAAAAUAGAGCAGUGUAAAACAAAGUGAGCACGAGUUGUUGUCUUCAGGCAAUUCGGAGUCAGGCUGAGUUUCACACUUGAAUGCUCAUUCUACGGAAGAGAGAAAAGUAAGACUGAUAGUGAAACCCAAGACCUUCAUUUUAAAUUAUCUGACUUUAACAAGAUGGGUGCUGAUAUUUGCAGGGCAAUCUCUCAUUACUUAGACCCUCAAUUCUCCGAUUCUAUCGAUACAAUUUCUAAAUAAAUAUGUUACAAAAAGUAAUGAAGACAGUCAGUACAAAUCUGGGCUAACUCCAAACCAAAAAGAGCCGAUCACCCCAUCUCCAAAGCACUCAAAAAUCCUUGAAAAGGUCUGAAAAACUCUAAACAGCAGGAAUGGAAAAUUCUCCAAAACUGAUGCAAGAAGUAGCUCUGAAGAGUCAGAUUCUGAAUCUGAUGACAACGAAGCUAAUAUAGUCAGCAACAAGAUAAAACAGCUAAAGACUAAAUAACAAAAGAGAUAGGAUACCUAAAAAGGCAAGUAAAGAGACCCUGCGGUUAAGGAAUAAGUCCAAAAUCCUCUUUGAAAGGAGGAAGAUAAAGGAUUCCCGAAGUUCUUCAAGUAAAACUCCUGUGAAAAGAACCUUGAAGUCAAGAAAAUUAAGAAAGAACAGGAAAUUUUUUAGCCAUCUCAAGAAUGUUCCUGCUAAAGAAUGGAAUCCAGAGGGUGCUUAUAACCAUAUUGUCCCUACAGAGGGCUCAAGAAUAGGUAAUAGCAAAAGUUCUUUCCCUUAUGAGUACAAAAAUUAUCUAUCGUGAGAGAAAAAUUCAGAGAAGAAACAAUCCAAAAUAAUUGAAAGCAGCAGUGCACAUCCGAAUUUUGAACCAAAGAAACAGUAUAUCAAAAGAGAUAUCCAAAGCUCCUUAUCCAAGUCUACCAAGAAGAGGAGGAAAUUUAGGAGGAAAAAUGCUAAAAUUCAUAGCAGAUUUGACUCCCAGAAAGAGGAGACAUCAACAGAUGUUAAUAGUACAACACCGUUUUUAUAGUCACUGAGAAGAAGACCCAAUCAACUACUGGCAAAAAGAAAAGUGAAGCAUACUUCUUCCCUUUUAAAAUGAGAGGAAGCGCCAACUAUAUUAGGGACAGAAAGCAAGAAAUAUAUUUAGGGAAAAGAAUGCAUAUGAAUAGCAUUGAGAAAAUCUCACUUAAAACAAGAGAGAACAACAGGCCUAAUCAUUAUUCUGAAAGUAGUAAUAGUUCAAACCUUCCGAAAAUGAGGAAGUUAAGGUCACGAAAAUAACACAAGGACUAAUGCCAGGAACACUGCUCAAAUUUCUCCAAAGCCUCUGAACCCACACUGCCGUUCCAUUCCCUCUGCUUGUCCUAUGGGAGCUCAGAUGCUAAGUAUCCCAUUCAGAACCCCUGAUUCAUCCCAUCUUCCGAACUCCAAACUAAUAUCCCAAAAAUCGAUGAUUUCAUCUUCAAAAAUCCUUCAAUAAU